GUCCUGUUUGCAGCUUCUCUAUUUUACAUCUUGGCUACGGCUGACUGUAUGUGGUGUCAUGGGGAGAACGGCAUGCACCAGUGUGCCAGGGAUCAGAGACAAGUUGGACACUUCCUAUUCCAUCUUGGAAUAGAUAAACAGCCUUUGGGGAAUUAUGCUGCACUCCACUUCACGAUGGCCUCCCUUGCUGCAGCGAAUGCAGAAUUUUGCUUCAACCUGUUCAGAGAGAUGGAUAACAAUCAAGGAAAUGGGAAUGUGUUCUUCUCCUCUCUGAGCCUCUUCGCUGCCCUGGCCCUGGUCCGUCUGGGUGCACGAGGCGACUGUGCUUCUCAGAUGGAUAAGAUGCUGCACUUUAACACCAUCUCAGGACGUGGAGACUCUUCUAUUACUCAGCCAGGACUCCAAUCUCAACUGAAAAGAGUUCUCUCCGAUAUAAACACAUCUCACAAGGACUAUGAGCUCAGCAUUGCCAAUGGUCUUUUUGCGGAAAAAGUGUUUGACAUUCAUCAAAACUAUACUGAGCGUGCUGAAAGAUUAUACAAUGCCAAAGUGGAACGAGUUGACUUCACAAAUGAUAUAGAAGAUACAAGAUAUAAAAUUAACAAAUGGAUUGAAAAUGAGACACAUGGCAAAAUCAAGAACAUCUUUCAUGAAGGCAGCCUGAGUUCCUCUGCUGUAAUGGUGCUGGUGAAUGCUGUGUACUUCAAAGGCAAGUGGGAGGCAGCCUUCGCCAAGAGUGAAACCCUAAAUUGCCAUUUCAAAUCUCCCAAGUGUCCUGGAAAAACAGUCGCCAUGAUGCAUCAAGAACGGAAGUUCAAUUUGUCUGUCAUUCAGGAUCCAUCCAUGCAGGUUCUCGAACUCAGAUAUCAUGGCGACAUAAGCAUGUACAUAAUGCUGCCCAAGAGUGACAUAUCCCAAACCCCAGGCAAAGCAAUGGGCUCACUCAGUGCAGCAAAUGCACAGUUCUGCUUUGAUGUCUUUAAAGAGAUGAGCUAUGACCACACAGCUGAGAACCUCUUCUUUUCUCCCCUGAGUCUCCUGUCUGCCCUGGCUGUGGUGCUCUUUGGGGCCAGAGGUGACAGUGCAUCUCAGAUGGAACAGGUGCUUCACUUGAAGGAACUAACAAGAGCUGCAAAUGCUUCAAACACAAAGUGUGAACAAGAUACAGGGAUCCAUUCACAUAUUCAAGCACUCCUCUCUGAAAUCAGCCUGUCUAGCCAUGGUCAAGUCCACAUGGCAAGUGGCAUAUUUGCAGAAGCAGCCCAUCCAUUCCUCCCGACAUAUUUGGACUGUAUUGAACAAUUACAUAAACUGAAACCUGAAAAUUUGGAUUUCAAAAAUAAUUUAGAAGGAGCCAGAAUGCAGAUUAACUCAUGGAUUGAACAAGAGACAAAAGGUGAGAUCAAGGGCCUCUUGUCACCCCACAGCCUCACCUCCUCUGACCAGUUGGUGCUGGUUAAUGCCAUCUCCUUCAGAGGGACCUGGAAGUAUGCAUUUCAAAAAGACCAAACCACAGCAAUGGCUUUCAAAUUGGAUGAGUCCCAGAGCAAACCUGUCCAGAUGAUGCGGCUGCAAGGGCACUUUAAACUGGGCUCCAUAAAGGAGCCUCGGGUUCAGGUCCUUGAAAUGCCAGACGCCGAGGAUCAUCUGAGUAUGGUCAUCGUCCUACCCAGCGAAGACGUCGGCCUGGGGCAGGUUACCAAGGGAAUCACUUAUGAGAAACUAAAAAGCUGGAUAGGCUCGGCCAACAUGAAGGACACAGCUGUGGUUCUGCGCCUGCCCCAGCUCAGACUUGAUGAGUGUCAUGAAGAUCUGACUUUCAUAUUGGAGGCUUUGGGAAUGACUGAUGUCUUGGACCAUUCAAGGGCUAACCUGUCUGGCGUAACUGCAGGAGGCGGGCUUGUGGUCUCCAAGAUAAUCCAUAAGGCCAUGCUAGAGGUUACAGAGGGUGGCCCAGAGUCCACACUUACCAACCAAACAGGAGAGGUGGAAAAUCCUGAAACCUUCAAGGUGGAUCAUCCUUUCCUCUUCUUUAUCCUACACAAAGAGACUAAGACGAUUCUUUUCUAUGGUAGGGUCUGCAUCCCUUAAGGAAUGGCAUGAAUUUGUACUCAAACAACUUUCUGAUUCUUCAAAGUAGCCAGAUUUUAUGAGCUCGUAGAAUUCAUUCAGUUUAGGUGCAACUGAAAGAGAUAAACCAUGCUUCUUAGCAAUGUUUUUUUUCCAACUAUCUCAUGUAGAAUAUCCGUCCAUCCCUUCUUGCUUCAGUUUACGCUGGUUAAACAAGUUACAGCAUGCCAUUAACUGUACUUACUAAAAAAUUGUGAUCAGCACCAUUUUUUUCUUAGGUAGAUUUCAACUUGCUCAGAACCUCAUUUAUAGCUAAAACUCAGAAUGUCUUUUUCCAAACAAACAACAUUAUUCAGUAUGAUUAGCUUACCAAGUUAGUUCUUAAACACUUAAUUACCUCACUUGCAACUGAACUAAUGAUGUUAAUAAGAGGAGCUAACCUUCACUGGGCAUGUGGCAUGUGCCAGGCACUCACCGGACGACCUGCUUCAAUUCUCACCAAAACCCCGAGAGGCAGGAAUGCUUGUUUUCUCCAUUUUAAAGAUGGGAAACUGAGACAGGUUUAAUAACUGAACACACAAGUGGCAAGUAACAGACUGGAUUUCCAAACCCAGAAGGUUUGAUACAAGACCCCUACUCUUGACCACGAUCAACCCUGUCCUCGUCAUAAGUCUGCAUCCUGAGACUCAGAGCCAGGGCCGCCACGGUAGAAAAGGAAGCAGAAAGAAAAAGAAGGGAGUUGCUUUCCUCCUAUGGGAAUGGGCUCAGUUUAGAAGUAACAUUUAUAGAACAUUUUCAAGUUUUCAAAGAAGUUCCAUACUUGAAAUUAUUUAAUAGGCAAAUGUGUUUUAUUUUAUGCUUAUUCUUUUUUCCGUGUCCCUCUCCACUUCUUCUUUUUUUUCUUUUUUGGUGAGGAAGAUUGGCCCUGAGCUAACUG